CGGAUUGGUCGGGAUAAAGGUGCUAGAGAUCCCCUAACAAGCUAGUUUGCUAUAGUGCGUGAAGGGUUUCAUUUGGUGUCGUGUUGUAGCUAGUUUAUUUAAAGUUUAAUUAAAUUAUUUGACAGUACAUUCUGUGAACUGUUUGUAGGUUCUCUGAUUGGACGUUUGAGUAAAUCGUGAGAGAUUAUGUUCAAAGCAUUCGCGCGUAAACUUUUUCGUUAGCUAUAGCUGAUAACUUAGCAUUUUAGCUAACUUAAUUAUUGUCACGAAUAGUGGAAGUGGAAAGGGCCCAAAUAAAUUUCAGAUAUGCAAAUUGUCAUAGUCUACUUGUAACGCAUAUUAUGAGAUGAGUCCAUGGUCUUUCUGUAGAAAACUUUAGCAGCUGAACUGUGUUGGACUCUCCUUACACAUGCCGGACUGAAAAUAUGUACGUUAACGUUACCGGGCUAAUGCUAGCUAACUGACAUAGCUGGCUAUCGCUGAAAUUCCUCUGCGUAAAAUUUGAUUUUGUUCGUUCUCUUAUGAGAAAUGUGUUCCGUCGAUCGUGGAAGUGCUGUCGCACCUCUUGCAGAGGGUGUUGAGACAGUGUCACCCGUUAUACCAGCUCCAGCAGCUCAUUCUUACGAAAAAUGCGCCGCUUGUGGGACAAUAUGCAGGCCUAAUCGAAGUCCUCAACUUCUUCCUUGUUUGCAUUCUGUGUGUAAAGUGUGCAUACCAAUAGCGGGUGUUGGGGAAAGCAAGAGAGAGUGCCCCUCUUGCAAAAGGUCUUAUAAUAUCCUUGAGGUCACAGAUAAUCCCUUACUAAAGGAUUCUGCCACUGGACCAGGCACUCAUCCACUUACCAAGUGUGCAGGGUGUGAGGACACAGCCAUCAGUAGCUGGUGUGUGGAGUGUGGUGAGGCCCUGUGCUCCAUUUGCGUGUCUGCACAUCAGAGGGUCCGAGUGACCCGUGAACACACAGUCCUGCCCCAGAAACUGCCCACAGGAUUCAUCCCCACCUCGUUUUGCCCCACACACAGAGAAGAACCUAUGAAGUUGUUCUGUGUGUCAUGCAGUCAGCUGACAUGUCGAGAUUGUCAGUUGACCUAUCACAGGAACCACAGCUAUCAGUUUCUAGAUGAGGCAGUAACAGCCCAAAGGAAAGAGAUUGAGUCUCUGAUGGUGAAAGUGAGACUGCAGCGAGAGACAGUGAAGCAGACCCUACAGGACCUGGAUGGGAGACUGCAGGACUUGGAGGAGAUAAAAUCCAGAACGAAGAGUAAACUGCAAAAAAUGCUCAUCUAUAUCCGCUGUGCCUUGAUGAAGAGAACAGCGGAGCUGUUUAAGAAUGUUCAGGAUUUGUGUGGGCGUGAGGCACAGAAAAUCACUGAGAGGCAGAACAAUCUGAGAACGCUGGAGGAGAGACAGGAAUACAUCCUGUCCUUCACAGGGCGAGCCCUACAGAUGGAAAACCACUCAGCACUGCUCUCCUGUAAAAGACAGGUCCAUUCACAGCUGCAGGACCUUUUAUCCCAAAGUGCUACGCCUCCGGCUUCUAUGAUUGACGUGAAAUUGCACUUCGAGCAGGAGGGUUACUUUCAGAUCUCUGCGUUCGGUAAAAUUGUGUCGAGCGAGGUCCCUUUUUUCCGCAAAAACCAUGAUUCUGUUCCAAAGAAGUCUUCGCCUCCCCCUGUACCGAGGCAGAAUGUUCAUCCUCCGCCCUCCUCCUAUCAACCCUAUUCUUCGACCGUUCCUACCCCCUCUUCUUCCCCCAGCCCCCUCGCAUCUCCCCAAAUCACCCCCACCUCUGUGUGCCAGUCCUCUGUUUCCCCUCCUCAGUCCUCUGCUCCCUCUGUCUCUACUGUAACUUCCUGUGCCCCCUUAGUGUGUGUUUCUCAGUCCUCCACCGCGUCUUCGCCCUCUUCAGUUUAUUACUCCCUGUUCUCCACUCCUCCACCCACCUAUUCCGCUUGCACUCAACCGUCGGCUCCGUCUUCCCCUGGCUCUGUCCCCCCUCCGCUCACGUCUCAGAGUCAGCCCUCCAGAAAGCGCAGGAACAAGCUGACCUGGUCCUUCCAUCCCUACCAACCUAAAAAUAUCAAACCGGUCGCCCCUCAGCCAAACUCCUGCUCCCCGGAGCCCCCCCAGCAGCCGGCUGUGGUCGGGCCCCCUGCCCCCUCCUCCCUCGCUGCGGCCUCUGAGCGUCAGUCCCCCCCUGUCUCUGUCCUUCCCGCGCCCUCUCCCACUUCAAUCAUGGUCCUGUUCCCGCUGGGCCCUAACGUCCUGGAGGCCUCCCCAGAGCAGUGGAACGGCCGCUCUGGAGCCCCCGCCGCCCCACAGGGCCCUCGGGCUGAAGGCCUGUCCGUGGAGCCCGACAGAGAGGAGCUGCAGUCCAGGGCCCAGCCGUGCGCCCUGCCCGUCAAAGCGCCGGCCGAUUCCCCGUGCGAGAGGGCGCCCCCUGCUGGCUGCGAGAGGCCGGCUGACCCCAGCCCUCCCGCCACCGAGAACGAGCCCACCUCCACCGUGGCGGAAACGGACGCCGCGCCUCCCGUCGGGCCGCCUCCGGCCGAGGGGGCGGGGCUUUCCCGCGCCGCGGAGUCGCCGGCCGGCCGCGGCGCCGGAGACGCGUGCGCCUCGUUCGCCGGCGGAACCAGCGCUCACAUCGCCGCCCGCGUCGCUGCGGCCAGGUGGAGCUCGGGUCACUCCCCCGCUGUCCCCGCCCGCGCCCGCCACGGCGCGUGGGCCACCGCACAGCCCCGGUCCGCGGCCGCCGGCUACCCCGCCUUCGGCUGCUCGCUCCAGAAGCGGGAGGAAGUUAGAGUGCAGUCCGGUCCUCAGCCUCGCCUCACCUCUGCUCUGACAGUCCGGAAGGAUCCGCCCGGCGUGCCGUUCUCCACUCAGUACGGCAGCAAGCAGGCACAGGAACCCCGCUUCCAACCAAUGAAAACACCACCUGAAGAGGGCAAGGCCUCCGACGUGAGAAACGCUAACCCCGAGUUAGCUGUCAAUCAGCAGGCCCCGCCCACCAGAACUCAGCCUAUCCAAAUUCCCGUGCAUCGGUUGGAGAAAUGUACUGCUUGGCUACCUUCCAGUUUAAAGGAAAUACUUGAAAUGCCCUCUAGUGACCCCGCCCUGGCAGAUUUUGAAGCGUGUGACAAAAACCCACUUUUACGAAAAUUGCUUUUGACAACUCCCAGUGCUGAGUUCGCACCGACAGACCAGGUGGACUAUCGGGGCUCCCCUGUGGAGACAGAAAAGACUGAUGAUGAUGAAGAUGGUCAAGACAGUGUUGACACAGUCGUCAAGAGCGAGAAUGAAGAAUCUGGAAGACCUGUGAGCAGUCCUAGGCACUGGCUUCCCCUGGUCUCAGUGAUGAGGCUGCCUGUCACUGUCCCCCCCUCCGAUCAACCGCUGCCCCAGUUCCGCCUGCUCCCCGGCGUGACUGAGGACGAAAUUCUGCUCCAGGUGAUUGAGGACGAUGACCAGUUCCCAGACAUCCAGUCGGCUCAAGCUGCUAAGAGGAGGCCCGCUCCACAUCGGCCAGAUCAGACAAAGGCAAAGCUGAUUGUGCUUAGAGGCCCCCUUGCCAACCCCACUCAGCCCAGGACGUCUCAUCAGGGAGCCAAUCACUGCUCUGCUCAGCAGCAGCCCGUCUCUCUGGACCUGACCUCCAGGCCUGAGGGCUCCGGCCUCCGUCGCUCCCACAAGGCCGUCCAGAUGCGCUGCGCCGCUUGUCGGCUUUCUGGGGGUCUGACUGUGUGCGUGCAGUGUGGGAGGGGCUUCCACAGGGACUGCCAUAUCCCACCAAUCAGCUCCGCACUCAGCAGUGGGGAGUGGCAGUGCAUGCUGUGCCGGGACCUGACGGACGUAGAGGACGUGUACAGUGAUGAGAGACCCAGACGACCCUCCCUCAGCCUCCUUGAUCAGAAGAAAUGUGAGCAUCUCCUACUCGCUCUGAUGUGUAAGAAGUACAGCAGUGUCCUAUAUCGCAAAGUGGAGCUGUCCUCACAUUACAUUGACAUCACACUGAUUCGUGGACGGCUGCUUCGGAAGCUGUCUCCUUCGUAUCGCACCCCAUCGGAGUUCGUCUCCGACAUAUGGGUUCUCCUGGAAUCCCUGGCAAAGAAUUCUGAGGAAUCUGCGCUGGUUUUCAAGAUGCAGAAAUACUUCCAGAGGAAGCUGAGUAAGAUCUUUGGGGAUGCGCUCCACCCGUCCCUCCUGAAGUGUCCCAGCAUGGAGGACGGCGAGACUGCGCAGGACGCAGGGGACGAGACGGUGAAAGUGAGGGAGACGCUGAAGAGGAUGCGGGCCUUCAUCGCAGCAAACCGCCAGGGCCUGGCCAAGAAAGCCUGCAGGGAGGAGACGGAGCCAAGGGACCAGAGCCCAGGCCCUGCGUGAAGACCCAGGCCCUGCGUGAAGACCCUGGCCCUGCGUGAAGACCCUGGCCCUGCGUGAAGACCCUGGCCCUGCGUGAAGACCCAGGCCCUGCGUGAAGACCCAGGCCCUGCCUGAAGACCCAGGCCCUGCCUGAAGACCCAGGCCCUGCCUGAAGACCCAGGCCCUGCCUGAAGACCCAGGCCCUGCCUGAAGACACUGGCCCUGCGUGAAGACACUGGCCUUGCACUGCGGCCUGCCCUGCUAAUAUAGCUCACAAUCUACCUCAGGUCCCCCUUAUCCAUAGGACAACUGUGAACAUUUAUGCAAACGCCCACCAUCUUCCGUUCGCAGUUUUGGUAGGCAGCACUGUUCUAGCGUGACCUCGUAAAAGCUAGCAAUCGCCCUGAAAUCAUGUGAAUCGCUGGAACUUACACUGCAUGCUAAAUGCGUACAAGUUGCAACUUUUCACAGAGGGUUGGCCUCACUUAUUUGUCGCUAGAGAAUAUAAUUUUUACAUUGCAUUUGGGAUUUGUAUUGUUUAUUAUUUAUGUAAUUCUGUUUAUUUCUUUGUAUCGUCCGCCAUUUUUUUCCUCCCAAAUUUGGAAUUGGCCGUUGUGUUUGGAGUGUAGCCUGCACUGCAUGAAGACCGCAGCAGCUGAAGAGCAUGCACUCCAAGUGCACCUGCCUGCAAGCCUCUGACCAUUUCCCGCUCUUCAGGUGAUAAUAAUGAUAAUAAUGCACGGGAGGCUUCAACUUCCAGUGUUUUGGCUUUGGGUCCCUACCUGCUUCCAUUAUUUACUGUGUCUGAGACUGAGCAAGCCUACCAAAUAAUGCUUCUGUUUAGCAUCGAUCUGACCACAUUAACAACGGCUAUUUUCAUUUCGAAAUCAAAGUUCUUUUUGUGCAAGUAUCGCUUGUGGUGUCCAUUAAGGGUCCAUUUUUGGAUGUUCUUUGUUGCUGAUGGAAAAAGCACUCUUUGAUUUGGACCUUUGAGUGAAUGAUUACGUAGUUUUAUUUUUAUAUCUCGGAAGUACUUGAAGUUUUUUUUUAUUUCAGUCUGUUUAUUCUGAGUAGAUUGUCAGAUCAAUGCGCUUGAAUAAUGAUUGGCCGGGCUGAGCAGCCCCUGCUCACUUCCUCUACAUUUCAGUCUGCACGUAUUUGGACAGUCGUGCAGUUUUGGCUCUCCAGCACAUUGGAUUUGAAAUGAAGGCAUGAAUACGAGGUUAAAGUGGAGACUGUCAACAUUUAAUUUGAAGGUAAUUAUGUCCAUAUAUGUUGCUGUUUAUUCAUUGUUUUACUUCAAAUACAAUGUGCUGGAGUGCAGAGUGAAACGACAAAAAUUGUGUCAUUGUCCAAAUAUUUGCAAACUGCCAUGUUUGUGCUCCCAGUUCUUCGAGUAUAAAUUUUUUACUCUUAACUUUUAAUUUGUAAGAAGGAUGGUGUCUGGGCGCUUGUUUAAACUGUUAUCUGUCUAUGCAAAAGGACCCUCAAGUGUGAAGACACACAGGAAAGGACUUGCAUGUGGCUUUCCUUAGCACAACAGAUUAGUUAUAUCCUUUGUGGCAUUUUUAUGCAAAAUAGUGACCUAUUUCAGAACCUGUUUAUUAAUUCUGUAAUCAUCAUUGAUCUAAAUGCGGUCAAACGGUCUAUGCAUCAUUUGUUUCUUAAAUGGUACGAUUCCUAAAUUAUUUGGAGAAUGUCACACAGUAUUUGAAGUAUAGUUAAAAUUAUCCUUUUGGGAUUACUUUGGGGCCUUGAUGUCAAAUGUCUUAAAUCCUCAGGUAGAGAUGGAAUGUUAAGUGCAAUGUGUUGAUAUUGACUAAUACAAUAUAUUUUUGUAUAUAUAUUUAUUUCCAUUUAUCUUGCCCAUAAAGCUUUUGCUUGAACUGUGCUGUCUGUUCAACUGCGCAAACAAGCUGAGGGUGUUUUGCUAUUGUACAGAAUAAAAACUUGACUAUGCACAA